GAGAUUGAUUGAGAUUUGAGAGAGAAGGUGUGUCAUAAUUUGAAAUUCGCUAUCAAAUUUAUUUCCAAAGGGAACAGCUUUUCAGCUCUGACAACUGUGCUGGCCACCCUCACCAGUCACCCUUCUUCUUCCUUCUUCUUUCUCUAACUUUGAAGUGAAUCAUAAAUAAUACAAAGACAUCAAUCUGCAACACAACCCUGAAGCAGCUUGUUGUUCCGUCUGAACUGAAGCUCCAACAAUGUCGGGGUACGUAGGCAUUCUGGUUUCAGAUCCAUGGCUGCAGAACCAGUUUACCCAAGUCGAGCUCCGCAGCUUAAAAACCCACUUCAUGAGCAUGAAGAGGGAGAGUGGUAAGCUCACAAUCGGAGACCUUCCUGCGAAGAUGUCGAGGCUCAAGGUUGUGGGAUCAGAUAAUCUCACUGAGGAGCAAAGGGCCUCUGUGAUUCAAGAUUUGCAUCCCAAGCUUGAUGAUGAUGUAGAUUUCGAGUUCUUCCUCAAGGUAUAUUUGCAACUCCAAGCUCAUGCCACUGCUACACCAGGAAGUGGUGCAAAGAACAACUCCUCAUCUGCCUUUCUCAAGGCUGCUACCACUACUUUGCUCCAUACCAUUAGCGAAUCCGAAAAGGCUUCCUAUGUGGCCCAUAUCAAUAACUAUCUUGGAGAAGAUGAAUUUCUAAAGAGAUACUUGCCAAUUGAUCCUUCCACCAAUGAUUUGUUUGAGAUUGUAAAAGAUGGAGUACUGUUAUGUAAGCUGAUCAAUGUGGCAGUGCCUGGAACAAUUGAUGAACGCGCUAUCAAUACUAAGAGAGUGCUCAAUCCUUGGGAGAGAAAUGAAAACCAUACUCUCUGCCUCAACUCUGCUAAGGCUGUUGGAUGUACUGUAGUCAAUAUAGGGACUCAGGACUUCAUUGAAGGAAGGCGGCAUCUUGUACUUGGAGUGAUUUCUCAAAUUAUCAAGAUACAACUACUGGCAGACCUCAACUUAAAGAAAACACCUCAAUUGGUGGAAUUGGUUGACGAUAGUAAGGAUGUGGAAGAGUUGAUGAGUCUACCACCAGAGAAGAUAUUGCUGAGGUGGAUGAAUUUCCAAUUGAAGAAAGCACAAUAUAAAAAGAUAGUCACAAAUUUCUCCUCUGAUGUCAAGGAUGCAGAGGCGUAUGCUCACCUCUUAAAUGUUCUUGCACCUGAGCACAGUAAACCAUCUGCACUGGCUGCAAAAAAUACUUUGGAAAGAGCAAAGUUAGUCCUCGAACACGCAGAUAGGAUGGGUUGCAAGAGAUAUUUAACUCCAAAAGAUAUUGUUGAAGGAUCCCCAAAUCUUAACCUUGCUUUUGUAGCACAUGUUUUUCAGCAUAGGAACGGGCUUUCAACCCAAAAGCAGAUAUCAUUCCUUGAAACUUCUCCAGAUGAUGCUCUAAUUUCCCGAGAAGAGAGAGCAUUUCGUUUCUGGCUAAAUAGUCUUGGACAUUCAACCUAUAUCAAUAAUGUCUUUGAAGACCUUAGAAAUGGGUGGGCGCUUCUAGAGUCCUUGGACAAGAUUUCCCCAGGGAUUGUAAAUUGGAAAAUUUCAAACAAGCCUCCAAUUAAAAUGCCUUUCAGAAAAGUAGAAAACUGUAACCAGGUUGUAAAAAUCGGGAUGCAAUUAAAGUUUUCCUUGGUAAAUGUUGCUGGAAAUGAUAUUGUGCAGGGCAAUAAAAAGUUAAUACUUGCUUACUUGUGGCAAUUGAUGCGGUUUAACAUUCUCCAACUUCUAAAGAACUUGAGAUUUCACUCACAUGGGAAGGAGAUUAGUGAUGCUGAUAUUCUUGAAUGGGCCAAUACUAAAGUCAGCAACACAGGAAGCCAGAGCUGCAUGAAAAGUUUUAAGGAUAAGAAUUUGUCAGAUGGCAUUUUUUUCCUUGAGCUGCUUAGUUCUGUGCAGCCUAGAGUGGUGAAUUGGAGUCUUGUUACCAAAGGAGUAACUGAUGAGGAGAAAAAGAUGAAUGCCACCUACAUCAUCAGUAUUGCAAGGAAGCUCGGAUGCUCGAUAUUUUUGCUUCCUGAAGACAUAACUGAGGUGAAUCAAAAGAUGAUCCUUACAUUGACCGCAAGCAUUAUGUACUGGUUUUUGAAACAACCAACUGAAGACAGACCCUCUGCAAUUUCGGAUAGUGAGGGUUCCAGCCAGUUGGAGACAAUCUCCAACUCUACCCUUGAUGACUCUGCUUCUGAGUCAUCAAUGGAGGAAAAUGGAAACCUAUAAUUAUCCUAUUAUUGGGAAACUUUUGCCAACUUGCCAUUUCAAAGGGCUCAUGAGUUUUUCUUUGAUAUAUAUUUUUUUCUUUUAUUACAAUUGAUUUCAACAAUGAAUAUAUGCAAUAGUAGGAAUCU